CCAGUUCCCGUCGGCCGCAUCGCGCGCUACCUCAAGGCCGGCAAGUACGCCGAGCGUGACGCCGACUUCCUUGUCUCUACUUCCCCUUCCCGGCCCAUCCCCCAUCCUCUCUCUACUUCCUUGCAUGAUCCCCUUUUUUGGGUUGGAUUUGAACUGGCAGGUGACCUUCAUGGACGAUAUCGACAAUGAGGAGGAGGACGACCAGGAUCUGCGUCCCACUGCCUCCCACUUCAACGCCGACCACCUCCUCGCUUGUUCCACCGGCUCAGUCCGCUGCUCCGGCCGCCCCCUCUGUCCGCCCGCCGGCGGAGGGUUCGGCGCUUGUUUUUUCGGCGAGCAUGCUCUGGGGCGUGUGGAGGAAGGGGAAGGGGAAGGCAGAGGAGGUGUACGUGGCGUCGAGCGACCAGGGCACCACCAGCACCAGUUUAUGUCGAGUACGAAAGUUCAGUCUUAACUGUAAACUCAUUCAGUGUUUCAGCAGGGUGAUCAGGUUGGGGGGCUGGUGUCGACCGGAUGGACCAACGACACCCACAACAUGUACAUCAGCUCCAUGGAGGCGUCCUUCAUGCAGCAGCUCUGUGGCCAGUAGCAGCACCACCACCACGCCACUCCCGGCAGGAGCAUGAUCCAUGUGGGUAGUGGCCAUGGGCUCAAGGUGCUCCAAGAGGGAGCCUCUGAUAACCUCGGGUCUAAGAAGAACGUGCCUCGCCCGCGUGAUGUUGGUGCACGAGGCCUGCCCGAGGAUCUGUGGGCGAGGUAUUUCAAGCUGCGUGAUUCCGCUAUAAUCGUUGUGGUGAUGGGGUUGGUGCUUCCGAUGGUGAAUCGGGCACCGAUACAGUUCAAGCGAUGGCUCCGAAGCAUGGAAUAGGAGUGAGCACUUGCGUCGGAGGAAAAUCCUAUUGACAGAACCUCAGGUUGCUACACUUUUCAUCUUGUUUGCUGAUUGUUUCCUUUAGUGUAUGUUUUGUUCAGUUUGACAGAAGUUUAGAAUUGUUACACGGUGUUGGCUGGCUGUUAGUCUGAUAUUAAUUCAGAAGCAUUGAUUUUCCUUGGUAUAUGUUGUGUUCAGUUCUGGCAGAAGUUCAGAACUGUUAUGCAGUGUUGGCUGUUACUGUGAUAUGAAUCUACAAGUGUUGAUUUUCCUUGGUA